CACGGAAGUCACGUUUCGUCAGUCUUCUGCUCUCAUGUGCUAAAGAAGCAUUUGGUUAGCUAGCUAUCACAACAAUUUUCUCAGAGCGUUUUCACACUCUCACCAAGUAGUAGAAGGGUCUCAAAUGUUUAUUGUUUAUUACCGCGUCGUGAGAGAGAAAGAACUACAAAACUGACGGUUUAACGAAGUCCAUGUGUUGCAAAAUGCAACGGAGCUAGUGUUAGCUAGACACGGUUAGCUUAUUACUUUUCUAAGCAAGAAAUGGCAGAUAAAAAAGAGAAAACAUUUAGGUUUGUGAUCGUGGGAGGUGGCAUCGCGGGUGUGACAUGUGUUGAGCAGCUGUCAUCCCAGAUUCCAUCAGCUGACGUGGCUCUGAUUACAGCAGGUCCCCAUAUCAAGGCAGUGACCAACUAUAAACAGGUGUCCAAGACACUGGAAGAGUUUGAUGUUGAGGAGCGACCAUCCAGUGUUCUGGAGGAGAAAUAUCCCAACCUGACUGUCAUCCACUCUGCUGUCAAAUCACUUCACACACAAUCACAUUCUGUGGAAACUGCAGAUGGCCGGGUUUUUGGUUAUGAGAAGCUGUGUAUCUGCGGUGGGGGCAGACCCAAGCUCCUGACCGAGGACAACCCUUUGGUGCUGGGGAUACGGGACACAGACAGCGCCCAGGAAUUUCAGAAGCGGUUAUGCACAGCAAAGAGAAUUGUUGUUGUUGGCAAUGGAGGGAUUGCUUUGGAAUUAGUGUUUGAGGUGGAGGGCUGUGAGGUGAUCUGGGCCGUGAAGGACAAGGCCAUAGGAAACACCUUCUUUGACGCUGGGGCGGCGCAGUUCCUCAUCCCAUCGUUGGAGUCUGACAAACCAGAGAGAGCUGCUCCCUGUAAGAGACCUCGCUACACCACCGAGGAACCAGCACCUGGAGCGUCCCAGACCUUCACAGCAGACAGGAACGCACGAGGCCAUGGUUCUGGUCCUACAGAGGCUGGCAGUGCCCUCGGUCCAGACUGGCAUGAAGGAAUAGUUCUACGAGGAGCAGAGCAGGUGUCCCGCAGAGUUUCAGUGGAAUACCAGUGUGAGGUGGAGAAGAUCUUCACCUGCGAGGAGCUGCUCAAUUCCCCACAGCAAACACUCAGACCUGAGAAUGGGAGAUCCUGGCCACUUUACAUCCAGCUAACGAAUGGCAAAACAUUUGGCUGUGAUUUUAUAGUCAGUGCCACCGGUGUCGUGCCCAACACUGAGCCAUUUCUCCCCGGCAACAAGUUUGCACUGGCAGAUGAUGGUGGCCUGCAGGUAGAUGACCACAUGAUGACUUCAGAGCCAGACGUGUAUGCAGCAGGAGACGUGUGCACUGCAUGCUGGGAACACAGUCCACUGUGGCAGCAGAUGCGUUUGUGGACGCAGGCCCGUCAGAUGGGCUGGUACGCCGGCCGCUGCAUGGCAGCACAUGUCCUGUCAGAAACAAUAGAACUGGAUUUCUGCUUUGAACUCUUCUCACACGUUACCAAAUUCUUCAACUACAAGGUGGUCCUGCUGGGAAAGUUUAAUGGGCAGGGGCUGGGGCCUGAUCAUGAGCUACUGGUACGCUGUACCAAAGGCCAGGAGUAUGUCAAGGUCGUUCUCAGUGGAGGCAGGAUGGUGGGAGCGGUGCUGAUCGGGGAAACAGACCUGGAGGAGACCUUUGAGAACCUGAUCCUGAACCAGAUGGAUCUGACCCCGUAUGGAGAGGAGCUGCUAAACCCCGACAUUGAUAUAGAGGACUACUUUGAUUGAGCUCGAUGGGGGCGAUUUAGGAGCAUGCUGAGCAGUGAAAAUUCACCAGUCAUGCAAGGUAGAUGACAUUGAUGAAGAAAUAUGACUUUAAGGAUACUCAAGCCCGACAAAUGUCUAAAGGCAUGAGAAGGAAACAUGCAUUCUCAUGCCUUCAUGUCAGUACUAAUGAGUGCAUCAAAGGUAUUAAAGGUAUUCUGUGCAGGAUUUUUCCCAAAAAACAAUGUUUCAAUCAUCACAUAUGACCCACUAGAAGUGUGUGGUGGUGUAUUUAUCUGCAGAGACUCUGCUCUAUUUUCUUAUGUUGCUGUGGUUGGGACGUGUCUGGACAGCAGCCUUUGCGCAGUGGGUGUGUACCCCUCAGCCAAUAACAGUGCACAGGGUGUGAGGUUGGGCCCCUGCAAUAAUGUAGCAACCACGUUACAUUGCUGUCCGUGUCUCCCCCCUUUGCUCUCUGUCUGUGUUGUGGAUGUGUAUAGAGCUGCAGGUCUGUGUGUCUUGUUUGGGCAAGGCUGAGCUGCACAGAGAGGCGAUAGCCGAGAGAAGCUUCUAGAUGCAGUCUCGCAGACUACGCAACAUCUUUUCCGAACGCUAACAAGUAGCUUUGGUUCCUAAACCAAAUCAUUUUGAAGCUGAAUCAUGUAGUAGGCGUUUCCUGUUGUUACUGUAAGUCUGCAAAUAGGCCUAGCUAACAGCGGACAGGAUGAAGCCUGCACACUGGCAAUGCAGCACCUUACCGCAGGGUUUUGCAGGGGUAUGGCAAUGUUUACUUGGGCCUUGAAAGGUAACCCCAAUGAAACAGUCAGAAAAUAAGGUUGUGUUUUUCUGAUUCACUGCUUUGUUCUUGCGAACGCCAGGAAGGAGGGGCUAACUUUACAUUUCCAAAGAGCAACUGACAAGACCUGUGUAGUAUGCCUUCAAUGCACUUGUAUAUUAAAGAAUAUAUUUUUGCUUUAAAAUAAAUU